AUGUUUGCAAUUGAGCUCGGCUCCCUUCCGUUUCCAUCCUUACUUAAAUUUAUCAGUAUUGUUAUUAUUAUGUUGUCAUUAUUAUCAUUACUUUUUCCUUUGCUCUUUUUUUUUCGUUUUUUCUUUACUUCCUUUUCUCCUCUCCCUCACACAAAUGAUUUUCUUUCUGCGUUUCAACUCCUACCAUUUGCGAAGGAGUUGGCGCUGGAUUCCGUUGCAUUGAGGAGUGAAAGAAUACGGGGGGAAAAAAGGAGAGGUUGA